AUGAUUUAUUUAUUAUUUGUGAUUUUUGGGCUAACUUCUGCAGCACCGAGAGUGAUACUUGAGGUCAACGAUUUGCCGGAGUACCCGAAUCGAGACGACUCUUUUGAACUAAGCAUUGAGCAUGAAAAGCUCGAAAAAACCGACGACUACGCGCUAGAGGAAACUCCGAUGUGUCCAAAGGAUUGGAUUUACGCAAAAGAACUCAAGAAUUGCUAUUUUAUUUUGCAUAAUGUAGACUUUGAUUUGGCGAAAAGCGGCUGUGAAAUUUGGAAGAGUUCCCUUCUCUCAAUUCAUUCGAAAGCUGAAAACGAUUUUAUUUUUGAUUUACUUCACAGCAACGAGACUCACUAUUCCGAUAUGAAUGCAUUGAUUUUGGGAGCUAAACGAGUAAAUGAAACAUUUGCUUGGUUAGAUGGAACUCCAUUUGAUUAUAGUAUUUGGGCAGGAUCAGAGCCAAACAAUUGGAAACCACCAACUUAUGGUGAUGCAUUGCCGAGAAGUGAAAAUGAGGAUUGUGUUGCGAUGUACACCGAGGAGAUUAGUUGGGGAAAUGAGUUAACCCCACCAAAACCCUAUCUGGGACGAUGGAAUGACAAUAUUUGCUCGGGAAUCUACUCUUAUACUGUUUGCAAGAAAGCAGCUAUUCUC